AUGAGCUCCGACGAGUCCCCGUCCCCGUCCCCCGCCAGUGGCCUCGGGGCCCCCGAUUCCAAUGACGACCUCAAGCCCGUCCUGUCGCCCAUCAUCCCCUCGUCGCCCGCAUCACCUGCAAAGUCUGACUUUGUCCCGCUCGUCACCGUUGUAGGAUUCCACCACGCCAGGGGCCCCGAGGUGGAGGCAUGGUUCGGCGCCGAUGAGGGGAGUGAUCCAGCUGUCGACUAUAACUGGACGCUGCUGCCGUUCAUGGCUCUGAGCGAUGGCGCGCACGCAUCCGAGGAGGACUUUUCAUACUUUACACUGCUUCGCCCAGAGACGGACGAGAAGCCCGCCACGUCACUUUUCGGCAUCUCGUGCACCCGCCAGCUCGACUCAUCCCAGCUCAUCAACCGUCCCGUCGACGUGACCCGGUCCACGGUGCAAAAGGCUGUCGUGGUCAUCGCCGAUAGCCCGCAGUUCUUUGGCAUGCUCCGCGAGCGCCUGAGCGUCGUCACCCAGGCCUGGUUCGCCCAGCGCGAGUUCACCGACGUCGAGAUCCUCCGCCGCUUCCAGGAGAGCCUGGCCGACGAGAAGGCGAGGGGCCUGCUGAACGAUCACGUCGACCGGGACCAGUACCUGGGCAUGAGUCUUCGGGAGCUGAUCCACGAGUUCAAGUGGCAAACACUAGUUCUGCUCAAGUGCUGUCUCCUCCAGCCCAAGAUGCUCUUCUUUGGCUCGAAGUGUGAUCGGUUGUGCAUGAUGCAAUUUUCUCUUUUGUCCUUGAUACCCGGCCUCAUCCGCAACCUCCAGGACAGCGCAGACCCAGAACUAAACAGUUACGAGAAGAGCCUCACCAAGCCCACCAGCUUGCGUACUAGUGAUCGCAACUCUCUCCUGUGCUACAUGGGUCUCCCCCUACAAAUCUUUGGCAAGGGGAGCUUAUUCGGCCCUUAUACGCCUCUGCAACAACUCGACAUCCUUGCGGACUUUGGCACCAAGUCCUAUAUCGUCGGGAGUACCAACUCGCUCCUCCUUCAGCAAAAGGACCGCUACAGCGACAUUCUCAUCAAUCUGGAUGAGGAUUCAGUCAUCAUCAACUCACAAUCCCUCAGGAGCGCCCUGACCCUCACAGCCGCCGACAGGAGGUGGAUAGACUAUCUGACUCACGAGAUUAAUGAGACGUGGGACGAGGCCAACCCCAGCAGGCCCAAGACUAUGAAGUACGUGGGCAGUGAGGAGUUUAUCAGACUUCAGUUUGAAGAGUACAUCCUCGCUCUCAUCUCAUCGGUCAAGUACCACAACUACCUCUCCGCCAACCCCAACAACCCACGCGCCAUCCUCCCAGAGGUUGAGGGAGAUCCCAUCUUGGACUUUGGCCACGACUGGGUAGAGGCCUGGAAGCGCACCGAGAACUACCGCAUGUGGAAUGCAAACACCGAUUCUCACCUCUUUGAUAUUGUCGACCCCCGUCAUCCUUGCGCUGGAGGGCUCAACAUUGAGGAUGUUCAACGUCGCAUCGCAGAGCAGGUCAAGGAGCUGCACCUAGAUGAGCGCUUUGCUCAGGGCCGUGAGGUCCUUGGCCGCAACUUUGCCGCCGGUCGUGAAAAGGCCUCAUUUGUCCUCAACAAGCUGUACUCGGACAUGGAGGCCCUCCGUGAGGCCCAGCGUCGUCGCGCAGAGGAGGCUCGCACAGCAUCACCCCCGGCGGAUAGCACAUCUUCUGCACCCCCUGCUGGAUACGACGUGUCAAAAGCCCAGCAGUCGGUUCAGUCGGCUGGCGCCAGGGCAGGCGCCUACAUCGGUAGCUGGGCGGCCUGGGCUGGUGAGAAGCGCCGGACCAGCGGCUGGGGCGCUGGCUGGGGACGCAAGACGACCCCCAAGCCCACCGAGUCGUCGAGGUCGGGCAGCCCUAUCGAGAAGGACUAUCAGAUGAUAAGCGCCCCCGUUUCGCGAGGGGGUAGCUCGGAUGAUGCUACGGGGCGACCGGGUACAGGUGCGAGCUUUAGCGAGAGCAUCCUCUCCGGCGUGAGCGACUCGCCCGGCCGGCCAGGCACAGCAUCAGUGUCCAAGCCUCUACCGGGCCCGCCAGUGCCGGACAAGGAUGAGGACGGCUUCCACACGGAGGGUGUCAGGGGCUCGAGGGACAAGACGUCCGAUGUGAAGCCCCUUCCAGGCGAAAAUGGGCUUACGACCAAGGAUUGA